AUGAGUGGGGCAGAGAUAAGCGUGUGCUACGAGGAGGUCCUUGAAUCCUUGCAAGGAUGCUGGCAAAACGUCAAAGAACCCACGGAGUUCUACAUGGUGCAGCAGAUGUCUGUGACGCGUUUCAGGCAGAAGACGGGAGAAGUGAUGGAGUUUUCGCGCGUCCUGAGACCGGACAGCACGAACAGCGGCGUCCAGUUCGGGUCCUAG